AUGACUUCAAUUGGACAGGAUCCACCUUGCCAGACCGAAGCAUGCUCACUACAUGACUGCUUGAAAAAGCACACUUACUCCCCCGAAAAAUGCGACCGGCACUUGAGAAAUCUCUACGAAUGCUGUCAGCGUAUGUACGAUCAAACGAAAGGGAAGGGAGAGUCAACAGCAUGUCCCAUGCCUCAGGUGGUGGCAAGAUGGAUAAAAGAUCAUCCUCGUAAAUAG